AUGGCAAAGCAAGGAUAUUGUUCCAAGGACGACGUGGUGAAGCCUUCAAAGCUUAAGCCCCCGGCUUCGGACAUCAUGUCCGUCGCUUGCUCUCGGCUCACACCAGCAGCUUCAGUCUUUCCAGCAGCAGUGUCAGACUACUAUCAACUUGACGAACUUCUGACACCAGAGGAGAAAAAUUUACGAAUCAAUAUUAGGCAGUUUAUGGAGAACGAAGUUGCUCCAAUAGUACCCAAGUACUGGGAGACAGCACAAUUUCCAUUUCAUCUCAUUCCAAAGCUAGGUUCUCUUGGUUUCCUUGGAGGCAUCAUCAAGGGCCACGGAUGUCCUGGGCUAUCAGAGACCGCUUAUGCUGUGUGCAUAUCAGAGGUUGCUCGUGUGGAUGCAAGCAUAGCCUCAUUCUGCUUGGUUCAGUCAUGUCUUGCCAUGCUUUGUAUUGCACAAAUGGGAUCUGAAGCACAGAAAGAUAAACAUUUGCCGUCACUGAGCAAACAGCAGAAAGUCUGUGCUUAUGCCUUGACAGAGCCGGACUAUGGUAGUGAUGCAAGCUCUCUGAACACUGUGGCGAGAAAGGUUCCUGGAGGGUGGGCCCUAAAUGGCAAAAAACGGUGGCCUGGGAACAGCAGUUUUGCAGACGUAUUAGUUGUUCUUGCUCGGAAUACCAGCACCAAUCAGGUCAAUGGUUUCAUAGUAAAUGGAGGGAGUUCUGGUCUGAAGAUCAACAAGAUCGAGAACAAGGUGUCGAUGAGAAUGGUUCAGAACUGCGACAUCCAGCUGGAGGACGUGUUUGUCCCCGAUGAUGAUCGUUUGCCUGGCGCCAAUUCUUUUCAGGACCUUGUUGAUUCGCUUUCUUUCAGUCGUGUCAUGGCUGCCUGGGUCAGCAUUGGGAUUGCAGUAGGGGUGUAUGAUGCAUGUCAUAGGUACCUUGGAGAGAGGAAACAGUUUGGUGUGCCACUGGCCGCGUUCCAGCUGAACCAAGAGAAGCUCGUCAGGAUGUUGGGCAACAUCCAGGCCAUGUGGCUUCUCGGCUGGCGCCUCUGCAAGCUGCAUGGCUCUGGCAAGAUGACCACAGGCCAGGCUAGCCUGGGCAAGGCAUGGAUUGCGAAGCAGGCAAGGGAGACGGUGGCGCUCGGCAGGGAGCUCCUUGGCGGCAAUGGCAUCGUCACCGAUUUCCACGUGGGCAAGGCGUUCUGUGACAUGGAGACUGUGUACACGUACGAGGGCAGCUACGAUGUCAACGCGCUCAUUGUCGCAAGGGAGAUCACUGGCAUCUCCAGCAUCAGGCCCACCAGCAGGCUCUAG